UCCCAUCUAGACUCUAGAUCUAGAUCUAGAAUCUAGAUCUAGAGUUCUAGAUCUAGAUUAGCAGAUCGAGGGGAUCAUCGUCCGUAAAUGACGUUUUUUAACCCAUCCAUCCCCCACAACAACAAAUGCUACUUAUGGGCCUAGUGUAGAUAAAAUUUAAAAGGGGAUCGUGAACAUAGUUUCAGGUGACAGAGCAAAAUGGCUGAAAGAAAAAAUGUACCUCAUGUCUAGGAUAACGAAGACCGCUAACUGCCCUAACCCAUACAAAAUGAAUAGAAUAAUAAUAAAUUAUAGUUCUGCUUUCAAAUGUACUUUACCAAAAGCAGUAACUGUCAGUUAAUGAAUAGGAGCAAUGGUAUAUUUGUUGAGAGGGUAGUGUUGAAACGUAGUCUUCAAGCUGUAAAGUGUGUGUUUGAAGAACCCUGUGCUCAGUUUACUUGGAAUUGGGUUAAAAUUUGCCCCCUCAUGAAUGGCACAUUUAUGGAGACACUGGAAAGCACAGAUACAAUUGUUUACUUGCCAUCUAAAAAAUUAUGCCAGUUCAGUAGUCGAGUAGUAUUCCUGUACAAUCCAUUGCAUGCUAGCUGCUGUCUCAACUGUUCUCUGGCAGCAUCUUCUGUAAUUUCCACCAAGACUUCAUGUUUAACCAUGGCAACUAUUGCAGCCACAGUAGGGAAAGAGUGUCAGUCAUUUGGGUCCACACACUUCGGAGCUGCAUCAGCGUCCAUUUUCUUCCUUGCAUCUUGUUUUGUCUGCUUUGUCCAUUAUUAUUACUGCAGGCCAGUUAUCAUUGAGGAUGUGCAAGUGACCAUGAGUGAGGAAUCUGUAAAAGAACUAAGACAGCUUAUAUUUGGGAACCCGGGAGGACACCACAGAAGGAUCUCCCUUGUUAACACAAACUCUGUAGAGCUGGUGGCAGUGGAGCUUCCGCCACAGGACAAAACUCAGAGCGUCAUUUAAAUUUAUUUACCAAAUCCAACUACAGGGACGACCACAAUUUGUUAUGCAGACGGGAAAGUUGAUUGUUAAGUUUAGUGAUCAGAAACUGGAAGUUAUUUUUUUUUGUUCUGAAACGGAUGAAACGUUACAAAUAUUCCAGGCCGUAAAUAAAACACAUUUGUUAUCUUAUUUAUACAUUGUAAAUAAAUGCAUUAUUUUA